AUCUAUCGUCGAAAGCAUUAUAAUUGUUUACAAACAUGACAUCAGGAAGCGAAGUUACAGCUGCUUUUAGAGAACUCUCUGGGAAUGAACCGGGGACUUUUCUCGAUGUAUCGGAACUUCUCCUGAAAUAUGCGAAUAAUGUGAUCAGGCAACCAGAUGUGACAAAGUACCGCUCCAUUCGUCUGGGAAACAAGAUGUUUGAGAAUCGGGUUCUGCCUGUCCCAGGAGCGUUAGAAUGUCUUUUUACUGUUGGAUUUGAGGAGGAUGAUGACAACAUCACACUAAAGGAAAGCUCUCCUUUGGAUGGGCUGAGGAUAUUCCAGAGACUAUUAGCCCAGGAACGGCUUGUUCUUAUAUCAAACCAGAUUAAUAAUCUCAUAUUUGUUCAGGCAACAGAACAGACAUUUUCUCAGAAGUUACACAAUUCUUCGGAGCAUGUGAUGAAGUAUGAAGACCCUCUCCUCCAGCAGAAGGCUCGUGAAAAGAUUCCAUUCCAAGAUCUGAAGACAAAGGCUGAACAGAGACUUCGUAGAAUCUCGUCUGCCUCAUCGGAUGAUGAUGAAGGAAUUCUCCCUGAUUUCAGAGACUGUCUCCUUCUGGAGCUCAUGAAGUGGUUCAAGGAGCGCUUCUUCCGCUGGAUGAAUUCUCCAAAUUGUAGUUCCUGUGGAGGACGGACCAGGGCUGUGGGAAAUCUACCGCCGACGACAGAGGACUUGCGAUGGGGGGCUGGCCAGGUGGAGGGGUACACUUGUCCUAGGUGCAAUACGAUGGAGAGAUUUCCAAGAUACAACCAUCCUGAAAAGUUACUGGAAACAAGAACUGGACGAUGUGGAGAGUGGGCAAACUGUUUCACCCUCUGCUGUCGAGCUCUUAACUUUGAAGCCAGACAUGUUUUAGAUUGGACAGAUCAUGUCUGGACUGAAGUGUACUCCAAUUCUCAGCAGAGAUGGCUUCACACGGAUCCAUGUGAGAACUGCUGUGAUAAACCAUUGUUGUAUGAACACGGCUGGAAUAAGAAACUAUCCUAUAUCAUUGCAUUCUCUUUUGAGGAGGUGGUUGAUGUGACAUGGCGAUACACUGCAAAGGAGCAAGAAGUAAUUGGAAGGAGGAAAGAAUGCAGAGAGAAAUGGUUGAUGGAAUCAAUAGCAAAACUCAACCAAAGGAGACAAGCAAACCAAACUGGAGCAAGGAGGAGAGAGCUUGAGGAACGGUUUGGCCAUGAGCUGGUAGAGUUCCUCUCACCUAAGACGAUACAAGAUGGAGAGGACCAAGGAAGAUUAUCAGGGUCUGCUGCUUGGAGGAUUACCAGGGGAGAGAGUGGGGCUGGAGCAUCAGCAGAGAGCAGUCAGACAAAGUUUGUCUUUCGUCCAACUGAAUCAGAGAAACGUGAGAAGCUGAUUCAUGUUCGAUACAACACUGCUAGAGACCGGUACACCAGGAUAUCAGAUGGCAAUCAGGAAACAGAGGAUUGGGAGAAAUGUGUGUUCAGCAGCAUCUGUAUGUGCAGGAAACAUGAGUUUGACUGGCAAAUGGUAUACCUUGCAAGACAAGAAAAUACAGACAGGGGCUGGAUAUCCUGGAAGUUUGAUACGAGUGGGUCAGGUAUGGUGGUCGAUAGGAUCAAAGUUCGUGCUAGCAGCAAGACCUAUGAAAAUGCACAAGUCAAAUGGACAUUGGAGGGGGAUGGCAGUUCAUCAAGUCUUAACGGAUCAGAUUCUAUUAUUGAAGUAACAGACUUGGCUGGAUCUAUUCAUCUAGAGUUGAAGGCAGAGUUAAGCGGAGGAUCAAUGUGGCAGCAUACACAGCUCUUCAGACAGGAAGACGGAGCGAACAAUGAAUACCCUCUAGAUAUCUCUAUCUACCUCAAAGAGGGUUAAAACAAUUUGUGGGAAAGUCUAAUAACUAAUACUUCUCUACGGUGUAAUGGCAGUAUUAAUUACUGGUCCAAAGUCAAUUUUUUUUCUAUGUGUGUCAGUAAGGUUAAAGAACACUUGUACAUGUCAAAUUAAGUCCCAGUGUAAUUCUACUAUACAGGUUGAACUCAUAUUGGUUAUACUAUAUUCCAGUCAUUACCAUGUCGUGCGAAACGUCAAUAAUCUAAAGCCUUAUGGAACACUCGCCUGGUUAUUCUUUUAUUAUUUCAAUAUUAUGUUCUGAAUAUGAUUUGCACACUUUCAUCCUGUCAUUGUCUUAUUCGAGUCAUACUCGUUCAUGUUAACACAAACACUACAUGAUCUGUACUUUAAGUUCAUGAGCAUUAGUAUUCGCAUGUUACUUGGAUCAAAACAGAAUUGUUGACUAUUGGCAAUUUAUGUUGUUUAGUGCCCAGGGUUCCCUUUUUGGAAAAAAUCACAUUUUGUGUCAGGAUCAAUAUUAUUUGGGUGUUCAUAACAUGGCAUAUUAAAGGUAACUUAUUUGUGAUGUAAGUUAUCAGAAAGUUUCCUUCUAUAGCAAAAAGUUGUAAUCAUGUACUGUAAAGGAUGACUGCACUGUGUUCAUCUUAAUGAAGAUAUUUUUUAUCACCAGUAAUUCAAUAUUGAAAAGACUGAGAUUUUUUGCAAUUAGAUAUUUAAAAAUUGAAGGAUAGUUUGAUUUUUUUUUCAAUUCAUUUUUAUUCAUAUGAGUCACAAUGUAAUCCUAAACUUAUACAUACAAUCUCUUAAAUUUGAUAUAAAUUAAACUUUUCUAAUCAGGAACAUGCAAUACAACAGAUAUGUGAAAAUGAAGUAUUCAUGUACAGGGUAACUUGGCUUUAUCGUAUGAACUUAUGUCACAUGGAUCAUUUGUUUUGGGUUAGCUUUCAGAAUCAUUGUCAUUACCAAUGUUUUAUUACCCUUGGUUAUUCCAUCCAGACCCUGUCAGUUAUGUUUAUUCAAUCACUCAGAAAACAUUCCAAAAAAAAAAAAAAGCUUUUGAUUGUGCGACAAAUAUAACUUUUGAGAGAGAGAGAGAGAGAGAGAGAGGGGGAAGGGGUGGGGGUAGAAAAUGGGGGAGGGAAGAGAAGAUGAAGCCUGCAAAAUAUUUAUUUAGUUUUAUCGACUUGAUUUGUAAAUAAAUUUAUAUUGGUAUUUGUACAUGUAAAUGUAUUAAUAUUGAAUCUAAAUUCAAUUUGCAAGAGAUUUCUUUCACAAGCUUACAAUUUUUAGAUUAUUGUUUUCAAAAGCACAUUGUUUUAUUUACAAUGUAGUUAUAUUUAUUGUGAUACAUGCAUUCAUGUGUCAGACAUUAUUCAUGUUUUACAAACCUUCAUUUUAAUUGAAUUUGAAAGGAAGGAAUUAUAUGAUUUCGAACAAAUUUAUUUCAACUUCUAGUCUAAGGCUUAUGCCAUCAGCAUUUUUUUUAGCAAUAUAAAUUCAUACAAACAUGUUUAAGAUUUGUAUUUUCAUUUCAGUAAGCAUUUCUAGAUGUAUUUCAGCUUUUAUUUUUACAGCACAGAUCUAUAUAUGGUGUAUGGGAAUGUAUUUGAAUUUUAAAGUGUAAACCGAUAUGUUUAUAUGGAUGAUGUCACUAUGAUAUCGUUAUGAUAAAAUGGUAAUUUAUAAAGUACUGAAGAUACAUAUUCAGGUUGGUUUAUAUAAAGCAGUAUUAAAUAUGUUGAUCAUUAAAAAAAUCAA